AUGCACCGCCUCAGACGGCCGCAACACCUGCUGCCUUCCACAGAAAGGGAUGUCAUCGCACGCAUACACUUUUUCCACGUGAAAGAACAAAUCGUAGGAGUGAGCAGAACGGCAGGCAUGCCGGACCCGUAUGGACACAUCAAAAUUUUUGCUGACUUAUCAGCAGAAACAUUGCAGUACAGGAAAAAUCUGGCCCAGAUCACAGCCACCCUGCGAGAGAAGAACAUCGCCUACAGGUGGAGAUACCCGGCCAAACUACUGAUCCACCAUGAAGAAAAAAUGCACGUAAUACUUAACACAGAAAUGGGGCUCAUUAAACUCAAGGACUGGGGCAUACAAGUCACAGAGGAGAUGAAACAACACCGUCACAAAACUCCCAGAGUAACAAGAGACUGGUCAACCACCUGA